AUGCAUAACGGCGCGCCGGGGAUCAGGAAGAUCCCGCCAUUUAUGAAGGAGCUGGAGGAGGCAUACAACAUAUGCCACUGUGGAACGAACGUGAUUGAAAAGUGCUUCUUCGCCAAGGAGGUGAACAGAAGCAUAAACAAGAGGGAGAUACGUAUGUACCAGUUGUGCAUAAUCCACUACCAACUCAGCAACAGGGAAAAGGUUUACAAAAUUUCAUGCAUCCAAGAUGAUUUAGACAUAAGUAACAGCUUCUACGAUGGGGAGUUAAAAAUGUACGUGUCGAAAGACGGUACUGUAGGAUGCCUCUUCUGUAAUGAUGAGAAAAAAAGGAGAAUUCAUUUAUUUAAAAAUGAAAGAAACAACGGCAAGUUCUUCUACACCUGUAUGAACAGCGUACCGAUAGAUACAGAUAUACAUAAGCGCUUCUUCAUGCAUGAGUCCUUUUGCUCCUUCAAUGCUAGCAACACCCUCAUGAUUUACAGCGCCGAGACUGAUGACGUGAAAUUGAAAAAGGAGAGUAGCUCCAUGCAAAAAAAAGAUUUAGAAAUUUUUAAAAAAAUCAAUAACCAUAUUUAUACUGACACGUUUGGAGAGCAGUUCGACUAUUCCUUUUUUAAUUUAUUUGUCUACAAUUUGAUGGACAAUACGGUAAAGUGCAUAACCGUGAAGGACGUGUCUGGGUGUUAUUAUAGCCCCCAGUUUAUUGACGACACUUCUUUUGUGUGUCUCUCUUACCGGACCGUUCCGUACCGAUUGGGGAUAUAUGCCUUUAAUGUGAGACCCAACGAUCUGUACCUGUGCACACUGAACGAAUUGGAUGUAGAGCCGUCUGACAGGCGGGAUGGAAAAAGGGGGGAAAUUCCAGGUGGUGCAGGAAGUGGUUCGGCAACUGGCCAGGCGUGUGAGCGAAAUCGGAAGAAUCACAUUCGGUGUGCCUAUGCCAAAUUGUCGGCAAAGAAUUUCAAACAUACAGCUUCCCCACUCGUAAUUAGGCAUGACGAUUCCUGCGUGUUCGUGGCGUGCUUGGUCGUUUUUGGUAAGGGUGAAGAACCGAAGCAGCACUUGAUGGAGUACAGUUUGGUGCUGAUAAAGCUGGUGAAGGAUGACACUAAAGUGAGGGCGAGGAGAAAUCAAGGAAGCGUAUCACAGGGGGAGAAGCACGAGAUGCACGGGGAGGGGGGUUCUUACUUUAGCGGAGAGGGUAGUGACGACGGCAGUGAUGGAACAAACGGGUAUGACGAAGCGGACCAUUCUACAAGUGUAGCCACAGUGGAGGGGGGGACGGCCACCCACCCAGUGAGUGGUGCGAUUCCCCCGAAUCAAGAUGACGUGUGCAACUAUAAGAAGAUCGAAACGGAGGUGAUCAUUCGGGAAGGCAGCUAUACUCCAUUCUUCCGGGGGUUGUACACCAACGAAAUAAAGGGGUACUGUUAUCCGUACCUCUUCCUAAACACAAUCUUCUACUGUAGCAAAAUUUCCAUCGCUGUUCACAUGUUCACAAAAAGGGUAUAUCGCAUUUUAAUAGAAAACAUUUACAACCAGAAUGACGUUAGCACGAGUAUCGAAAUUAUGUGUGUGAAGGAAGACAACCUGUUGGUGAGUAUCCGAAAUAUGCUUCUGAACCACGUGCUGGUGUACUGCCUAUUCAAUGAAGCGAACAUAAGUGGGGAUUACGUGUACCUCACCAAGGUGCGAAGUUACAACCUAGACUUUACAACAUACGAAACGGUUAAGAAGAAGCAGACGAGCAUAAUUUACGCCAAUGUAAAUGACCUAUCGGAGAAGCUUUUCAUGUUAUUGAGCCAAAUGGAAACAGCCCUCUUCAAUGAAAAGCAUCCAUAUAUAAGGAGAAAAAAUGCCAGCUUUAACAUGCUAUAUGAGAGUGAAGCAGAAUUUCAAUAUGACGUGCAAAAGAAGGGACUACAUCUACCAAACUUUAAUCUUUUCAAUGGAAAAAAUAAAAGGAACCUUAUUUUAUACAUCCAUGGGGGACCCUACUCCACUUGUCUUAAUGAGUACAGAAAUGUCUUCAUUUUUUUUGCCGCCUGUGGGUUUGACGUAUUGUGUGUUAACUACAUUGGAACGUUAGGGUUUUCUGAAAAACCAAACAUCCUAAAUGGGCAUGUAAAUUCUAUCGAAAUUGAAGACAUCAUGGAUACGUUUAAAAAGUUUUACCAUUACUUUGGCGACUACGAGAAUGUCUACCUGUAUGGUGGAUCCUACGGUGGGUUCGCCUCAUGCGCAAUUCUAACCAAGUGCAACUUAUUUAAAAGCUGCUGCGUCAUAAACGGAGUGUACGAUUGGGUGCUUUCCGCUCAUUCUAGUGACGUCCCCGAUUAUUUCAUAAACUUAUGUCUAAACAGGGGUGCAGAAUAUGAUUGCUUUUAUAGCAGGGAUGACUAUGCCAGUAUGUACGAAAUAUCUCCUCUGAAUUUUGUGCAGAAUAUUUCUACGCCCAUUUUGAUUGUUGCGUCUAAGGAUGACUUGCGUGUCUCCCACCAUAAUAGCCUCUCCCUCUACAAGCGCCUCCUCGCGCUGAAGAAGAAGACCAAGCUCUUCCUGUUCGACGACUGCACGCACUCCAUUAAGAACGUGGCCUUCGAGGAGACCCUCCUCAUGAAUGUCAUCCUCUGGUUUUACGACUACGAUAGUAAGAAGAAGCGAUAG